GUCCUUCGCUUUGCUUGCCACAUUGUCCUAAACAAACACUAACCCACAUGUCAUUUUUCAGAUUUCCAUCACUUCCCCCACACAGUUUUCUCAUAUCUCCUAUACUUGUUCAAGUUCUCUUCUGCUUGCAUGCUUCAAACACCACACACACAGACACAGCAUUAACACUCUGCAACUAACCAUCUCAAUCCCACAUACGACUCUGCAUGUUUUUUUCUUACGACCCCACCUCUCCAUCCAUCAUUCUUUAUUGAUCUCUCUGUGUCUGUGCUGUAGAAUCUUGGUUUUUCACUAAUGGGUAUUGGUUUUCUGUGAAUUCUGUCGCAGUUUCUUUGAUUCUUUUCGUUUGAACUUUGUGGGUUUUCGAGUUUUUAGUCAAUUGGGUUUUGUGUAUCGAUGGGUCCCAUAAGAGGGCUCAAGAAGAGGAGGAAGAUGGAGAAGAAGGUUGGGUCUUCGGAUGAGGGGUCAGAAGAUUGGUGGGAUGAGUUCUCCAAGAGGAUUACUGAGGAAGCUAACGUUGACUCGGGUUAUAAGAAGCUACCAGGUCUUUUGUCUUCAUCGAAGGGCUUGGAUAAGUUUGAAUCUGUUUUCAAGAUUUCCAGAAAAACCUUCAACUACAUAUGCUCACUUGUGAAGGAAGAUAUGAUGGCCAAGCCAGGGAACUUCAUUUUUACAAAUGGCAGGCCUUUGUCCUUGAAUGAUUUAGUGGCUGUAGCUUUGAGAAGGCUGAGCUCAGGUGAGUCGCUUGUGACAAUUGCUGAUUCAUUUGGUCUGAAUCACUCAACUGUCUCCCAAGUGACCUGGCGUUUUGUUGAGUCCAUGGAAGAGAGGGGCCUUCACCACCUCCAAUGGCCUUCCACAGAGGCAGAAAUGGCAGAAAUAAAGUCAAAGUUUGAGAAAAUCCGAGGCCUUCCAAAUUGUUGUGGUGUGAUUGAUACCACCCAUAUCAUGAUGUGUUUGCCUUCGGGGGACCCUUCAACCAAGGUGUGGCUUGAUCGCGAGAAAAAUCACAGCAUGAUCUUGCAGGCAAUUGUUGACCCUGACAUGAGGUUCCGAGACAUAGUCACUGGAUGGCCAGGAAAAAUGGACGAUUCCUUGGUGCUCCAGAGUUCAAAUUUUUUCAAGUUGUGUGAGAAAGGAAAGAAGUUAAAUGGGAAGAAGAUGGAGCUCUCGGAAGAGUCAGAGUUAAGGGAAUACAUUGUUGGAGAUUCAGGAUUCCCCUUACUGCCUUGGCUUGUAACACCUUACCAAGGGAAGGAGCUCCCAGAGUCGAGAGCUGAGUUCAAUAGGCGGCAUUUUGCAACUCGGAUGGUAGCACAGAGGGCAUUGGCAAGGUUGAAGGAGAUGUGGAAGAUCAUCCAAGGUGUGAUGUGGAGGCCUGACAAACAUAAGUUGCCGAGGAUCAUUCUCGUAUGCUGCUUGCUUCAUAACAUUGUCAUUGAUUUGGAGGAUGAGGUGCAGGAUGAGAUGCCUUUGUCCCACCUCCAUGACUCCGGUUACCGCCAACAAAUUUCCGAAUCUGUCGACAAGUCUGCUUCCAUCCUGAGGGAUAAGCUGUCUCUCUACUUGUCUGGAAGGUUGCCACCUUGAUUUGUAUUUUGGUUUAAAUUUGUAGCCUUAGAUAGGUAGAUUAAUUGUUGUUUUAACAAGAGUUUUAAAGGCUUGACAAACAUCACAAAGAUAAGAGUGGAUCAGUUUUUUCAUUGUGAA